CUCUCUCUCUCUUUCCCUCUCUACGGGAUGGCUCAAAUCAAAUGCGGAAGUUUACACCCAGUAAUGCUGGUGCCGCCACUAGCUGGAUGAUUUGAGUGUUGACAUGACAGUUGAGCUGUAGCCAGGGGAAGAAGAAGCGACUGGUCGCUGACAGGGAGGCGGCACGAGUCCGCAGGAGAACCACCAAAUCCAGCGCGGGCGGGCGGACUGGACUUUAGACUCACUUAUGGCUUCUCUGGGCAGCGCAGAGCGACGGGCUUUCGCUCUGAAAAUCAACAGACACUCUUCUGCAGAGAUCAGACGACACUUCGGUGGAAACCAUGGCGUUCAGCACAGUCGAAGCAACUCCAAUGCUUCAGCCUCAAUAUGCCUUACUGUGCCUCCGUCGUAUGAAGCGGUGGAGCCCUUGGACCUGGAAGAAUUCCUGAUGUCACAGUUAAGAAGUGCAGACUCAGCCCUGAUGCAGGAACUAGGAGACUUCCCGGAUGAUGACCUGAACGUGGAGCAGGUGGAGAAGGAGUGCCGGACUGUUCGCCCCUCUGUCCCUGAAGAUGGAGUGGAGUUGGAGCCGCAUGUAAGAGACUGCGUCAAGAGUUACACCCAGCCGUGGUUCGUGGUUUCCAGAAGGUGCCAGGGGGAUGGCUGGAGUGCAUAUUCAGAGCGAGCUGGCCUACACAAACUCCUCCGGAAACAGACCUUUGAGUCUGACGUCCAGCCAGAGGACCAAGAGAAGCCAGUUAAGUCUCCGACUCUAGCAAGCCUGAGUGAUGACUCUGGCCGCACGUUGACCUCCUCUGACUUUAACUUGCGGUGUUUGACCCCGGACCAGAGAGUGGAGGGAUUGCUGGCCUUCAGCAGCCACGAGGAGCUGGACCGCCUCAAUCAGGAGGCACGGCAGGGAAACAGACACCCCGAGCUGUUUGCUCUGUACCCACCCGCAGACGAGGAUGAUGCUGUUGAGAUCCGACCCAUCCCUGACUGCCCCAAAGAACACACUGGAGACCGCAUCCUGAUCCGAUGCCAGGCCAUCAAGUUUGAGAUUGACAUAGAGCCAUUAUUUGCCACCAUGGCCUUAUACGACCUGAAAGAGAAGAAAAAGAUAUCGGAGAACUUCUACUGUGAUCUGAAUUCAGAGCAAUUUAAAAACUUCUUAAAACCUCACACUCCACAUGUGGAUCAGUCUACCCUGGCCAGGUCUGCCAUCUUCUCAAUCACCUACCCGUCCCCAGAUAUCUACCUGGUCAUCAAGAUUGAAAAGGUUCUCCAGCAGGGUGAGAUCAGCGACUGUGCUGAUCCCUACAUGACAUUAAGGGAAUGUGACUCCACAAAGAGCAAGGACAAGGCUGAGAAGCUGAGAACCCAGGCAGAGACGUUCUGCCAGAGGCUGGGUCGCUAUCGCAUGCCUUUUGCCUGGGCAACAGUCAAUAUUAUGGAGGUCGUCUCCACUGCUACUAUAGACCGAGAUGUCACCGACUCUGACAGCUUGAAAGGAGGUAAAUCCAGCAGCAUUGACCGGAGAGCACAGUUUCCCAGGAGGAAUUCUGAACGUUACAGCACCAUCGAUGAUCAGUUUUGUAACAUUUCCGCCUUCAAACCUGCUACCAUCACUAUCAGCACCAUCUUUAAGCAGGAGGGAGAUCGGUUGAGUGAUGAGGAUUGUCUCAAGUUCUUGUCUGAAAUCAAGAAAACCUCGACUCCACAGAGGAGAACCAAGACAAUACCAGGUUCCAUAAAAGUGGAUAUGUCUCCAGUCCACGACACACCAGUGGCAACUUUGUCCACUGAACUCAUCCCUCUGAUACCUGUGGCUGAGAAAAACAUUCGGCCCGUCAAAGAGGUGCUGGAGUUCGCAUCCAGUGAAGUUUACGUCCCUCACAACAUUUACAGGAACCUGCUCUAUGUCUACCCUGAGAGGCUAAACUUUGUCAACAGGCUCACAUCAGCAAAAAACAUAACCAUCAAAAUCCAGUUUAUGAGCGGAGAGGACCAGACCUGCUGUCUUCCUGUCAUUUUUGGGAAAUCAAAUGGCCCUGAAUUUUUAUCAGAAGUCUACACCCCUGUUACCUACCAUAACAAGUCCCCAGAUUUCUACGAGGAAGUGAAGUUGGCUGUCCCGGCCCGUCUGACGGAGAGACACCACCUGCUGUUCACUUUCUACCACAUCAGCUGCCAGCAGAAACAGAACCAGAGUUGCUGUGAAACACUCAUUGGAUACUCAUGGCUGCCCAUGUUGAAUAAUGACCGACUUCAGACUGGUCAGUUCUGUCUGCCCAUUGCCUUGGAGCGACUACCUCCCAACUAUUCCCUGCACGUGCCAGAGAAACUUCCCCAGCAGACCCCUCCAGUCAAGUGGAUGGAGAGUCACAAAGGACUGUUCAACCUCGAGAUCCAGGCAGUUUCAUCUGUGCACACACAAGACAACCACCUGGAGCGUUUCUUCACCCUCUGUCACGCCCUGGAGGGUGGAGCCACAUUCCCGCUGCGGGUCAGGGAGGAGAAGAUUCCAGAGAACAAGCUAGAGCACGAGCUGAAGCUCAGCAUCAUCUCCCUGUCCUCCUCCAGUUUAGAGCCGCUUGUCCUCUUCCUCCAUCUAGUGCUGGAUAAGCUUUUCACACUCAUCAUGCAGCCGAUGGUCAUCGCUGGCCAGACAGCCAAUCUAGCCCAGAUAGCCUUUGAAUCAGUGGUGUCGAUUGUCAACAGUCUACACAACAGUCAGGAGCUGAUCAGAGACCAGCAAGGGAGAAACAGCCUCCUGGCAACCUACCUGUACUGGGUGUUUCGUCUUCCUGAUCCUCCUCAAGAUGUGCAGAAUGCAGGUUCAGUCAGUAUGAUACCUUCAGCAGAGAGCCGCUACAGCACCAUGGGCCGGGCCACAGCAGCAACAGUAGGCAGUAUGCUACUCCAGUCCAGGAUCCGCAGCAGCAGCAAUCCUGACAUCCCUGCUCCACACACCUCUGCUGAAGAUGCUGAGGUCAAAGACAUCCUAAAGGGCCACAACAACCCAGGCAGCCGCAUGUCCACAUAUGGGGAAGUAAGCAACCACCAGAACUUCACAGGAAGCACCAGGCCCUCCAAUAGGAAGCAGUUUCAUGAGGAAUUGGCCCUGCAGAUGGUCGUCAGCACCGGGGUCUGCAGAGAGAAUGCGUACAAAUACGCCUGGUUCUUCUUUGAGCUGCUGGUGAAAAGCAUGGCUCAGCAUGUGUCUCAUCUCGACAAGCACAGUGUUCCUCGAAGGAGCCGCUUCUCGGAUCGAUUUAAGGAUGACAUCACCACUAUUGUCUCUGUGGUUACAGCUGAGAUUGGGACCAUCCUUGUCAAACAACAUAAGGAGGUAGAGCAAGCAGAGAAAGUCAACAUCAGUCUGGCCUUCUUCCUCUACGACCUGCUUUCUCUCAUGGACCGAGGAUUUGUCUUUCAGCUGGUGAAAAACUACUGCAACCAGAUGUCAGCUAAGAAUGUGUCGAUGCCAACACUGAUCAGCAUGCGUCUGGAGUUUUUGCGAAUCUUGUGCAGUCACGAGCACUACCUCAACCUGAGCCUCUUCUUCAGCAGCCCUGCCUCCGCUCCUGCCUCACCAUGUCCCUCUAUCUCCUCACAGAGUUCUGGCUCGAUCGGUUUCCAGGAGCAGCAGAGGAUAUUGGCGCUGUUUGAGCUUUCUCAGGAGUUCAAGCAGCAGCACUACCUCACUGGCCUGCUGCUGACAGAGCUCAGUGCAGCCCUGGACAUGGAGUCAGAGGGGGGAAAGGUCCAGAGAAAGGCCAUCAACGCCAUCUACAGUCUGCUAUGUUCUCAUGAUCUUGACCAUCGCUGUAUCAAACCUGAAGUCAGAGCCAAGGUUGCAGCCCUCUACCUCUCCCUGGUGGGGAUAAUCAUCGACUCCACCAACUAUCUGGACUUCACUGUUUCUGACACACGCAGCGGGAAAAACAAGACGGGUGGACCUGAGGAUGACCUUGAAAAUGUCCCACCCAUCAAUCAGUCUGUUGCCAUGGCAAUCGCCGGGAACCCCUUCAACACGCUGGGACGGAAUGUUCUUGUUUCCAUGGCAGCCAUGCAAAGUAAAUCCAUCGCCGCCCUUGCAGCAGACACCAGUCGCCACCUGUUGGUGUGUUUCCUGUGGGUGAUGAAGAACGCUGACAGGAGUGUGAUUCAGCGCUGGACCAUAGAUAUGCCUCCCUCACAGCUAAACAAGCUGCUGGAGCUCCUCACUAUCUGUGUGUCCUGCUUUGAGUACCGGGGUAAACAGAGCAGCGACAAAGUGAGCACCCAGGCCUUACAGAAAUCCCAGCAGGCUAAGCUGCAGCUGGAAGAAGCCUUGCUGAGAGGAAUGGGAGCCCGCGGGGAAAUGAUGAAACGAGUUGGAGGAAUGGAUAGGACCAUGGGCCAGAGGGAGCAUCUACGAUGGAGGAAAGACCUCACUCAGUGGAGACAGACCAAUGACAGACAGGAUAAGACUAAAGCAGAGUUGGACCAGGAGGCUCUGAUCUGUGGGAACUUAGCCACAGAGGCUAACCUUAUUGUGUUGGACCUGCUGGAAACCAUCGUACAGGCAGUGCCAUUGGCUGACUGUAAGGACAGCGUGGUUGGUGGGGUGUUGAAGGUGUUACUCCACUCUCUCACCUGCAACCAGAGCACCACUUUCCUCUCUCACACCUUCAGCACACUCCGAGCGCUUGUUGUCAAGUUUGGGGACUUGUUGUUUGAGGAGGAGGCAGAGCAGUGUGCAGACCUAUGCCAGAAGGUGCUUCAGUACUGCAGCAGCCCUGUCGAUGAGAACAGGAGCCAGGCCUGUGCUACCCUCUACCUCAUCAUGAGAUACAGCUACAGCAACGCCAGUAACUUCUCCAGAGUGAAAAUGCAGGUCACCAUGUCUCUGGCCUCGCUAGUGGGUAAAUCUUCAGACUUCCAGGAGGAAUACUUGAGACGCUCUCUCCGCACCAUCCUGGCCUACGCUGAGGAGGACACUGAGAUGCAGAGCACUCAGCUGCCCUCACAGGUGGAUGAGCUUCUGAGAAACCUUAACAGUAUUCUGUCAGACACAGUAAAGAUGAGGGAGUUCCAGGAAGAUCCGGAAAUGCUCAUGGAUCUCAUGUACAGGAUAGCAAAGGGCUACCAGACGUCUCCUGACCUUCGUCUGACCUGGCUGCAGAACAUGGCAGAGAAGCACAACAACAGGAAAUGUUACACCGAGUCGGCCAUGUGUCUGGUGCAUGCUGCUGCCCUGGUGGCCGAGUAUCUCAGCAUGCUGGAGGAUCAUAAGUACCUGCCUGUUGGCAGCGUCACCUUCCAGAACAUCUCUCCCAACGUGCUGGAGGAAUCAGCGGUGUCGGAUGACAUCCUGUCCCCUGAUGAGGACGGGGUGUGUUCAGGACGCUACUUCACAGAGAGCGGCCUGGUGGGACUGCUGGAGCAGGCAGCUGAGCUGUUCAGCAAUGGUGGUCUCUAUGAGGCGGUGAAUGAGGUCUACAAGAUUAUCGUUCCAAUCCUAGAGGCUCACAGGGAUUUCAGAAAACUUGCAUCCACUCAUGACAAGCUACAAAGAGCAUUUGAUAACAUCAUACAGAAGGGCCAUAAGAGGAUGUUUGGAACUUAUUUCCGGGUUGGUUUUUAUGGGGCCAAGUUCGGGGACCUGGAUGGACGAGAAUUCAUUUACAAGGAGCCGGGGAUCACACAUCUGCCUGAGAUAUCACACCGGCUGGAGAACUUCUACAGCCAGUGUUUUGGAGAGGCGACAUUAGUGAUGAUCAAGGAUUCUACACCAGUGAACAGGAAACAGCUGGACCCUAGCAAGGCAUAUAUCCAGAUCACUUAUGUGGAGCCCUACUUCGAUGACUACGAGAUGAAAGACCGGCUGACAAACUUUGAGAAAAACUUCAACCUGCGGCGCUUCAUGUACACCACGCCUUUCACCAAGAGCGGACGACCGCGGGGUGAACUCAACGAGCAGUACAAGAGAAAGACCAUCCUCACCACCAUGCACGCCUUCCCUUAUGUCAAAACUCGCAUCAAUGUCAUCCAGAAAGAAGAGUUUGACCUGACUCCCAUCGAGGUUGCCAUAGAAGACAUGCAGAAGAAGACGAGGGAGCUAGCCGUGGCCACACAUAGAGAACAGCCUGAUGCUAAGAUGUUACAGAUGUUGCUACAAGGCUCUGUGGGAGCUACUGUUAACCAGGGCCCAUUGGAGGUGGCCCAGGUCUUCUUGAAUGAGAUCCCAGCGGACCCGAAGCUCUUCCGUCACCACAAUAAGCUGCGCCUGUGUUUCAAAGAGUUUAUAAUGAGGUGUGGGGAGGCAGUUGAGAAAAACAAGCACCUCAUCACAUCAGACCAGAAAGAGUACCAGCAGGAGCUGAAGAAGAACUACAACCGGCUGAGGGAGAGCCUGAGGCCUAUGCUGGAGAGGAAGAUCCCCGAGCUGUAUAAACCCAUCAUCAGGCCCCGGCUGGAGAACAGGGAUUCCUUCAAACGUUUAAGUUUCCGCAGAAAUCAGGAGGAAAACUCCUGAGAUGCCACAGCUUGUCUGAGAGAGAGAGAGAGAGAGAGAGCUACAGGGAGGAAGGGGAGUCUGUCACACAACCGAGACAGGAAAAGAGAAGAUAAGAUGAAAGAGCACAAAAGACAAGGAAGGGAACUGCUGAUGAUACCCCUGCACUUCUCUGCGCUGGAGCAGCACAAUGUGUCCAUAGUGACAGACUGAGUCUCUCAACAGUCCAGCAGUGUUUAUUGAUGUCCACUGUUUGUCUACUUUUAUGAUUUCAUGGUUGUUUGUUACAGGAAGCACAGCAGACUGAGCAUAUAAAUUAGAGAGGUGUGAAUCUUAGCAAAGUGUAGCUUUUAGAGCAUUUCACUGUAAAAUCUUCAGAUGCAUUAGCUCUGUCGAUUUCCUUUUUAUAGAAAACUGCAAGUCCUAAUAAUGCUGCAAUCAUUUCCUCUGGGUUUCUAAAGACGGUAUCCCUCCGAUAUUCCUGCUGUCCCAGGGACUGUAUGUGUGCUAAUGAUGCUUGUGACCUGUCUGUAUGUGCGUGUAAAUGUGUGAAUGGAUAUGUGUUUACUUUGGUAAUGUUUGAGGCAGAAGAUUUUGGUGCCAUACUGGAGUCACUUUGUACUCAGUGACGUGAAAUGAUUCUGUUAUGUGCUUAAGAGCCUUUGAAAUACUUCCUGUGUGUGACAUGUGCCAGGUGGAACAGUGUAUUGACGGAUUUGCACUGGAAAUAUAGACACAAUUUCCUUUGUUAAAGGAGGCUAUUCUUGUGUAAUUUUGUUAGACAUAUAUGGCCUAGCUCAGUAGCUAAUCAAAGAGUUUAACUUAUUAAGAGUUGUGAUUUUGCAGGACAAUAGACUCAUCUGAGGCUCUACAUUACACAUAUCUUACCUGUUAUUCCACAUUUUGUACAUAUUAGAGGUAUUGCAUCAAAUAGUUACAGAGAUGUUUACAAAGGUAUGAAAAACUAUUUUGCAUUUUAUUUUAUUGAAAGGUAUUUUUUAGAUCAAUGAUAGCAAUAACCACAAGUGAAAAUACUUAGAUCAGUGGCUCAUUGUACUGACACAAUCUCAUCAUGAGUUCCAGUAGUUUCAAACAGGUUUGUAAAUAGACAACAUACAACACAACAGUGCCAAAUUUAUUUAUGUAGGAGCUCAGAUGCUUAACUAGAAAUACAAUAUUUUGAAAAUUCACACCAUUUGGAUGUUUUUUGCAGUGUGAAUUAUGUUUACUCAAUUUUUCAGAUUACAUUCCAGUGGAAAAAGUAUUAAUUUGUGGAAAAAUUAUUUUAAUAGACAUCCAUGAAACAACUCUUCUGUGGUGUAAAGUUGCAGUUCAUACUGUAUUUCAAUAAAAGAGUUUUGUUUUUCAGAAAUGGAGGUACAUUAUUUACCUUGAUAAUACUCAUUUGAUCAUGUUUUGAUCUAGGUACACCCCCUAUUUAUGAACUGUUGCAUUUUUUUUUAUGGCUGAACAAGAUGAAAGGGUUACAAUAAACGUAUUAAUCAUGUGUAUUAUUUAAAAAGUACUCCCAUUUUUGAAACACAUCAUAGGCUACUCUAAGUUGUUAUUAUUUGAUAUGUGGCUUUCAACCACUGGAAACUGCAUUUUUUUUAUCUGUCAUUUAAUGUCCUUACCUGUUGUGUUUUAUCAUGUGGAGCUCUAACUUGUCAUGCAUAUAAUGCUGUUGAAACACCGGAAUAAAACCUAAUAUAUGCACAUUUGUCA